AUGAGACGAUAUAGAUCGGAAUCGGUGUCGUCGAGGUCUUCGGAAGGACGGGGAAAGGGACGUGGAGGACGUGGCUAUUACCGUGGUAGCGGUCGACUUGCCCGCGGUGGUGCUAGUAGUCGUGGCCAAGCGGGAACCGGCCGACGUCGAGGUGGGAUGAGUCGGGGCGGUGGAGGACAGCGCGGGCUCCAUCGUCGAGAUAGCACGGCCAGCGAGCGGUCGCAGAUGAGUGGUGCUUCUGCUUGCGAAGGUGCUCUGUUGCGUUCUGGCAAUAAUAGGACCGAGCGUCGUGGGCUUAAGGAGACCCACAAAUUCACGGACAUGGCCGACCGGAAUCGAGAUGACCGGAAUCGAGAUGACCGGAAUCGAGAUGACCGGAAUCGAGAUGACCGGAAUCGGGACGAACAAGUUCGGGACGGUGGUGGUUCCUUGUUAUCCGUUAAUCCCAAGUACACGUCCGAUGAGAGUUGGUUUUUACAGUCCGGUCUACUUCAGGAGUUGCCUCCAGAGCGUGCCCGUCUCGCAACUAAUAAGAGUGAUGCUGCGCAUAAGAGUGAUGCUGCGCAGCAUUUGGGUGCGAGCGGAUCACAUCCCGAUGAGUUCGAUUCGCUUUAUUGGGAAUGGGAAGCUCGUAACUUCGGGCAAGGUUUGGACAGAGACAGUCUGGUGCUAUUGUUUCGAAUGCAGUCAGCCCAGUACAUAUUCAGAAUCGUGGAGGAGUUCCUGGCUCUAAUAAAGAGCCCUACAGUCUCGCUUGAGGCGUGUCAACAACUCGUGAGGCAACUCAAUAUCGGCAGCUAUCAACUCUAUCAAGUUCCAACUGUCGAGAUGCUGUAUGGACUCCAACGCAUCGUCUACUUAAUCGUCAACGCGAUGCUCGAUCGGUAUCAGAGCCCUAAGUUCCGAGGAGACAUCAUCUACGAGCUAUUACAUAACACGCUUAUGCGGUAUCUCAUUAUCAACGCCGAAGCUCCUGUCUUCAGGAACUCCGCCGGCGACCUUGCCAGCGGCGACGCUCUCAACAAGGAGACUCUUAGCGACGCAAAGGCGACUCUCGCUGAGGACCGUAGUGAGUACCUGAAUGAGGACCGUAAUGAGUACCUGAAUGAGGACCGUGAUGGCGACCGUGGUGGUGAGCGUGGGGGUGACCCGGAUGACGACGAGGGUCGGCAGUGUCAGGACGGGGAAGCUGAUCGCGCGUGUGAGGAAAGGUCCGGCGACGAGUGCGUGAAGGACUUUAGGGCAGACGAGACGGUGGAUGUUGUGUUGCUGUCGGACGCGGUGGUUUCGGACGCCUUGUUAACGGAGGCGAUUGUUUCCGAGUCGAUUGUUUCCGGGGCGAUUGCUUCCGAGGCGUUACCAUCGGUUCCGGUGCAAGGUAUGGAUGAGGUGGCGGCGGUUCCAUUGAUGGAUGCGUCGAUUCCGUUUGUUGACGAGGAGAGUGUGGCGAGUGAGCGGGCGCGGAUGCGUGGUGUGUUGAAUUCUGGUGCCUUGGCUGGUCAUUUCCCGAGGGUGACUCGUGAGGAGCGUCAGAGUGUGUGCGAUCGUGUGUUGGAAAGAAUGCCAUCUUCUGCAUUAUAUUUGACAGGUUGGUUCCAUCGUCGGCAAUGGGAUUUAGAACGUGAUCUGGAGGUUAGCGGUCUGUUCCGCAGUAAUGAUUUCAGUGUGACGGAGACAUUAGACUUGCUAAAACGUUUGGAAAAUUUUGGACGUAAGGAUGAAUCUAAUCGUGUGGCAGAAGAAGUACAAAAGAUUGUGGAGAAUUAUUUGGGGGUAGAGUUACGGUUAUAUGGUUCGAGUGCAACAGGAUUAGCAACUGGACAUAGUGACUUUGACUUUCAGAUGAUCUUACAAGACUGUGCUAAGUCUAAGAAAUGUCAUAAAGUUUGUCGGUGGAUAGACUUCGAGAGUGUGGCCUACGCUAAUCUAAGUCUGGAUGUAUCGAAUACUACGGGUUAUGUUCGUACAGUAGUCAAAGCAUUGACUUCCCAUCUCGAACGAAAACAUAAAGAAGAUUAUACAGUGUCUGCUAUUUUAACGGCUAAGAAGCCUUUGGUGAGUUUGCAGCAUAUUGAUACAGGCGUUAACGUUGAUAUCUGUGUUAGUCUGAACGUUGUUGGGCUCUGUAAUUCGGCCCUUUUGAAGAAUUACGUAAAGCUUGAUUCGCGAUUUGCACAACUUGCAAUACUUGUAAAAAAUUGGUCGAAGAAUCGAAGGGUUAACGGAGCCUACCAUGGACAUCUGUCUAGUUAUACUAUCACUCUUACUGUCCUAAUCUUCCUUAUUAAACAAGGAGUCCUUCCUAACAUUCAGAUGCCCGAUGACAUCUACUGUCACGUUCUGGAAUCCAUUAGAACGUCGGUUCCAAAAAAAAAUCGCGACCGCAAACAACACUUGGAGCAAGUAUCCUACGAAGCGAAGUAUGGACUACUGCAACCACUAGAAUAUUACCAAAGGAACUUCUCCGUAACCGACGAACGGUUAUGCGAGAACCCCACUAUAACCUUCGAGGAAACUCCCUGGUCUAAUUGGAGGUCAAAAAAUACCGCCACAUUACCUGCAUUAUUCUCCGAAUACAUAAGAUACAUGCUUUUCGGAGUCAAAUGGUUCACUGAAAUUCUAAGCCCACGCUGCGCACCAUUUCCGCUAUCAAAAGUGGAACUUCUCAUCAACCAUAACGCUACUAAUCAUGGACAAUAUAUUGGGCCCCAACCUCUGAGAAAGAAGAAGAAUUCAUCGAUUAUAGAAUCUCUUGACCGAGUACCUUUCGAUAACUCACGCAUUACUGGUUUCCUCUAUGAUAACCAAAAAUUGCCACCUACUAACGUUUAUGACUGGUUCUACCAUCAUCCAGCUCAUAGUGUCGCGGAGUAA